AUGAAGAUCAUCAUCUUCUUUGCUUUUCUGGGAGCUGCUGUUGCUCUCCCCGCUAAUGAUGAUGAUGACAAGAUCAUUGGAGGCUACACAUGUCCGAAGCAUUCGGUUCCUUACCAGGUGUCUUUGCAUGAUGACACUGGCCAUCAGUGUGGUGGCUCCCUGAUCAGUGAACAGUGGGUACUCUCUGCUGCUCACUGCUAUGAAAGGAGACUCCAGGUUCGCCUUGGUGAACACAAUAUUCAUGUCCUUGAGGGUGGUGAGCAAUUCAUUGAUGCAGAAAAGAUCAUUCGACAUCCAAAAUAUAACAAGGACACUCUGGACAAUGACAUCAUGCUGAUCAAGCUGAAGUCACCUGCCAUCCUUAACUCCCAAGUAUCCACAGUCUCUCUGCCCAAAUCCUGUGCAUCCACAGAUGCUGAAUGCCUUGUGUCUGGAUGGGGAAAUACUGUGAGCUUUGGUG